UUGUUUGUUUGUUUUUUUAGCUUCUUGCAUCAUUCAACAAAAAUGAUAUUUUCUCAAAAAACUGGACACUAGUAGCUUCAUUAUUAUUAUUAUUAUUAUUAUUAUUAUUAUUAUUAUUAUUAUGUCAAGCAUACUGUUUUUGUCUUUUUUUUUACUCAUGGACAAUCCAAUUUCUUAAUAUAAGUAUUUAGACUUAAUCAAAAUUCGUACAUCAUGCAAUUUUAAGUUAAAAUAGAGGGAGAGAGAGAAAACAUAAAAGAAUCUGCAUAUGCAAAUAAACAGCUGGUGUGUUAAGGGUUAGUGUGAGUCAGGCUACAACAGGAACACCGGUCAGAGAUACAAACUUCACUGAAAAGAAACGAAAGUGAAAAUGUGGGUUUAACUGACAGGUGGACGAAUAAUAACCGAAACUUUCUUUACGAAAGGAGGAAUUCAGAAGGAACAGCACAACGAUGCAAAUCACGUUCAGCGGAUGGGAGGCCUGCUGCGAAAACUUUAAGCAGCUGGAACCAGGCCAGGCCCCCAAAAAAAGCCACGGUUACACCAUGUUCCAUGGGACACACAAGAGCAAUGCCCAAACUAUAAUAACUACAGGAUUUAAGCCUUCAGCCGGAGGAACACUGGGAGCUGGUGUCUACUGCAGCAGGGACAUUAACAAAGCCAAAGCCUACCCAGCAUUCUGUUCUCCUAAUGACAGAGUAGUGUUCAAGCUGCAGGUAAGAGUGGGCAAGGUAAAGAGAAUUGACAGCCAGUGCAUGCAUCUGCAGACCACGUGGCAUCAGAAUGGAUACGACACAGCCUGGCUGCCUGCCUCUGUGACGGGCUUUGAGGAAGACUGCGUGUGGGACCCAAAGAGGCUCACAGUUGUCGGUAUAGCACACUGUGAGGAUGCUGGCGUAAAGAAUUCUUUGGAGAGUCUCAUAAAGCAGCAAGGAAGAGGACCAGGACAAGAGGAAAGUGGGCAAGCAGGGAAACCUUGCAAGAGCUGUGGAAUGCAAACACAAAAGCCACACACUUUGGUGAAGUGCUGGGUCUGUAAGACAGCCAUAUGUCCCUUCAUGAAUAAGCACAUGUGCUCGAAGAAGUGAUUACUCACCCACUUUCUCCUCUUUGAUUCACUAAUGAUUGUUUCUUUAGCGUACAGUAUGCUGCUUUGUGUGAUCAUUUGUAUUUAUAUCACUAGACAAUAACUUGUAAGUAAUUCAUAAUUCCAGUCUUGGUUUCUCCCAAGGUGUCUACUUCUUUAUCUGAAUCUUUGAGAGUCUUUUCUUACCAAUGUCAGUCGUUUGCUCACUGUCGUCUGUAAAACUGUUGAGAUUAUCUGUAUUGUAAAAUGUGCUAUAAAAAAGAAAAUAUAUUUCAUUCUAACAAUUCUUACGAGAAAACAAAUAGCCCUUAAAAUGAGCUAAUUGAUAUUUAUAAUGUAUACGUUAGAAAUUACGAAUGUGACAUUAAUGUGAAAAUUUAAGUCACUGGAAAAUAGAUGAAAAUGAAAGUACAUGAUGUGAUGAAAUUUUCAGUUUUCUUUAUUACCUCAGUAGGAUAGAUUCAUUGGUAGAAUCCACAGAUCAGCAUAGCCAUCAUUCUUGGUGACAAUUUAGUCUUAUUAAUUAUUAAUUAUCGAAUGUUGGGUGCAGUUCUUUGCUUGUAUUUCCUCAGUUGUAAGUCGCUUUGGAUAAAAGCGUCUGCUAAAUGAAUAAAUGUAAAAGUAAUGGAGGGAAUAUAGAGAGACUGGUGAAGGAACAACUGGGUACAUUUGCAAUAUCAAACCGAUAACAGGAACUUGUAUUGUAUAAGUUCUGCAACAUUAAAUGUAAUUAUAAAUUCAUAAAAUGUAUGUCAUGUCAUUCUUUAAUCAAUAAAAUAUGUCAUCAUUAGCAAAUUGCUGUGGUUUAAGAGGUGUAAACACUUGGAUAUGCUGUUAUUGGGAAAUAAUCCCUUCAGGGUGGUAAAAGUGAAUCUGAUUCAUCACAUCUACCUCAUUGUUGAUUAUUUUCCUACAGUAUAAGAGAGUAUCCCUUUGUGUUCUAUUCCUUACCUAAUGCAGUUUGAAAAUAUGCAUAAUAUGCAAGGAACAAAUUCUGUUUGCUGUUGCCAGUGUUGGGUAAAUUAUUCCAAAAAAGUAAUUCAUUACAAAUGGCUAACUACUACUUUGAAAUUGUAAUCUGAUUACAUUACUGAUUACUGCAUGUAAAAAGUAAUCAGAUUACUAAUUGCUUUUCUUUCAAUUUACUUUCAAAACCUAUCAAACCUACAAAAAUACACUACAAAGUGAAACUCAAAGUUCUUUCAUUAAUUUUAGCGAGCGUCAAUGUAUGACAUGAUCAGAAAAAGUCGGAUUUAUCAUGACACUUGCCUCGGGUGUUGUCACUGUUUGUAGGACUACCAGACCGAUAAAAUAUAAAACUUUUCUAAACAGGCUAGUUUGGUGUCGCUAGCCAAGGGGAGGCACAGCUAAGCUAUGGGUUUCGCUGCUACAGUGCCAUGCAAAGUACAUUAUCUUUCCUUCUGCUCUGCUCAUAUCACGUUCACGUAAACUGGAACUCAUAUAGACAUUUACACACCUUGUUUUCCUGCUCAGCAUCAGAGGAUGUUACUGUUUCAGUUGCAACUUAGCAUAUAUCCAUUUUUCCUCACACUGACUGUGAGCUAGUGUGUGGCAGAAUUGAGAGACUGUCAGCCAAUAUGACAUAAGUAUGUCCAUGCAUUUUCCUGUAAGCCCUGUCUGAUUGGUCUCGCCACCAUUUACCGAAGAUAUAAAAUUGCAUCACCGCCCUCUUCUUUUACUGACGUUCAGUUACGUAGUGACAAACCACUCCAAUUGGAUACAUAUUUAGGACCAAAGAAAAAAAUCUUUGGGGCUACAACACCGAAUAACCCAGGCAAGGCUACGCCCCUGGCAGCCGUGCAAAACA